GAUGCUAUGUUUUUGGUGGUAGCAAUCAUUUGCCAACCAUCUUUCCAUGCUUCUGCAGGACAUCUGGUGCAAUAUACUUUCGCUGAUGCCAAUAGAAGAUUCUGCUCGUUCAGCUUGUGUAUCUCAUGCUUUCGAACGUUCAUGGAGAUGCCAUCCGAACCUCAUCUUCACUGAAGACACACUAAGCAUGAUACGAAAUGCAUGUCGAAAGGGUGAUAGAGCAAGUGCUUUCGCUAGCAAAGUUGACCAGAUUAUAAAAAACCACUCUGGCAGCGUGAAGAUACUCGAGCUUGACAUGUCUCGUUGUAAAGAUCUCAAUAUUUGUCAUCUCAACAGUUGGCUUAAGAUUGCUAUUACACCAGGGAUCGAAAAACUCACCCUUUGUCUGCCUUUAAAAUACAAAGAAGGAUGGUACACCUUCCCAUGCUCGCUUUUAUCUGGUCAGAGUGGAAGCUCACUUCAGUAUCUUUGGCUCAAGCACUGUGUCUUCCGUCCGACAGUUGGCCUUAGUUUCUUGAGGAACUUAACAACGCUGUAUCUGGGCCGUGUAUGUAUUACAGAGGGAGAGUUAGGGUGCCUUCUUUCUCAUUCUCUUGCUUUGCAGCAGUUGGAAUUGUGGUAUUGUAGUGAAAUAAUCUGCCUGAGGAUACCACUUGUGCUGGAGCGAUUGAAAUGCCUGAGUGUAACUUCAUGCGGUGUGCUGCAAAUGGUUGAGAGCGAAGCUCCAAACCUCUCCAGCUUCAUGUUCUAUGGCAGCCCAGUACAGCUGUCACUCGGACAAUCCUUGCAAGUGAAGGAGUUAAAUAUGGAAUGUGUAGAUGGCUCUGACUUUCUCCACUACGCUAUUACCAAGCUUCCAUAUGUUGUGCCAAAUGUUGAAGAUCUUGUAUUAUCUUCGUAUGGCGAGAGGUUGAAUACACCAAUGACAGCUGCCAAAUUCCUCCACCUCAAGCACUUGGUAAUUUAUUUUGACGGAGAUUCUUCCCCAGGAUAUGAUUAUUUCUCUUUGGUUUCUUUUCUUGAUGCUUCUCCUGCUUUGAAGACCUUCAUCUUGGGUGUACAGCAGGAUGAUAUGAAUUUUGACUCGAUUUCAGUGGAUGCCUUACAUAUGAGGCAAAGGCCUGACCACAAGCACAAGAGCCUAAAGAAAGUGACUAUCCUUGGCUUCUGCUCUGCAAAGAGCAUGGUUGAGCUAGUAUGUCAUAUUCUAGAGAAUGCAACAUCACUGGAGUGUAUCAUCUUGGACACCAUAUUUGAUGCGGAAGACAACUACAUGCUUGGUAGAUGUUCUGUAACUUCUGACCGCAACCCGGGUGACUGCUUCCCAACGACAAGUCAGGUGAUGUUCGAAGCUGAUAGAGGUCUCAUGGCCAUUGAAAGAUACAUCGUGGGGAAAGUUCCAUCUACUGUCAAGUUAGAUGUACGGGGACCCUGUAGCCGGUGCCAUAUUUGAGAGCUGAUG